CAAAGACCUAAUCCAACAUUAGCACCAAUUGCCACAAUUUGAUAUCUUCUUCUUGUUACUUGUUGCCAUUCGGUCCGAACCGUUUGUUUUGGUUUUCUUUAGGAAUCCAGCUCUAUGGCUACGGAGGUUUCCCAACUGCUGCUGGCUGUGAUCCAGGGCAUUGCAGCCGGCGCCACCAACGAUGACCUGACCAAGGCGCUGCCCGACGUACCGGCGGCAACGCGCGUGGAGGCGCUGAACAUAUUGCUGCAGCAGGGCGGAAUAGAGAUCCUGAAGAAAGGCGAGAAGCUGGUGUAUCGCGCUAAGGAUCCGGACAAGAAGAGCGCUCUGCCCAAGGACGCAGACAACGAGGAAAAGGUGGUUUACGGCAUCGUAGAGGAGGGCGGCAACAAGGGCAUCUGGAUCCGGGACAUACGCAUGAAGUCCAACUUAAACAUGAUACAGCUCAACAAGAUCCUCAAGAACUUGGAGACCAAAAAGCUGAUCAAGGCGGUCAAGUCGGUGAACGCCAGCAAAAAGAAGGUUUACAUGCUUUACAAUCUGGAACCAGAUCUCUCUAUUACGGGAGGUGCCUGGUACCAGGACCAGGACUUUGAGGUAGAGUUCGUGGAUGUGCUCAACCAGCAGUGCCUUCGCUUCCUGCAGAUGAAGCGCGACAGUGCGGAAAAAAAGCGCGAGGGCCCUUUGGCCUUCAAGCAGAUGUCCUGCUGCACAGUCAACGAAGUUCACAAAUUCAUCUCGGAUCUGGGCAUCAGCAAAGUGAAUCUGGCGGAGGCCGAUCUGGAGACUAUCCUCAAAACGGUAGUCUACGACGGCAAUGCAGAACGGGUACGUCAGCAGGAUGGAUCUCACGUCUACCGAGCAGUGAACUCCCCACUUCCACCCACUGGCUUGGUGCAGAUGCCCUGUGGCAUUUGUCCUGUGAUCAAGAACUGCUCCAAUUGCGGAGAUGUAACGGCUAUUACAUGUGAAUAUAUGCGAGAUUGGUUGGACUGAUAAGUAAUCCAAAAAAUA